CAUUUUCAUUGGUCAGAAAACACCAAAUAAGUUUUUUUAAAGUUGAGUAAACGCGUGGCUGUACUUCCGAAAAGACUUUCAAACGGUUACAAGUUUGCAAUAAAAGGGUCAGCAAUAACCAUUUUGAUUUAAUCUAGAGCGCGGCUGCUCUUUAUCCUUUCUGGGCCCAGCUUUCUAAUGGCACUGUCACUAGAAAUGAACAAUAUUUAACUGGUAAAUUAACUUUUUAUCAAUUUAUUUUUAUUUUUGAAACACAUGUCGCGGACGCAGAAGUGCAUAUGUUUUUUUAAUCUUUUACAUCUCCGGCUGUUGCUUUUGUACUACAGUAUAAGCAUAGCACUACAGUACAGCACUGUGUUAUCAGAUGGUGGGCGAAUGGGGUUGCAUUAUUAAUCAACCUGACGGCACUUUCAGGCGUAAAUUUAUCUGGCGAGGAGACGCUGUAUCACACAGAAAAUAAGCCCAUUAAUUGAAUUUGUGAACGUCAGUAACCGUAUGGGCAGCCUGAUAGUUGCAGUACACGUCCUACCGAGGAUGAGCUGAUGAUGAAAGGUCGUUUCCUUUAAAAUCUAGAAAGCGCAGACAGGCUAUCUAGGAAAGAAGAAUAAUUGGUCUACUGAAAUUCAACAUGAUUAUUAUUUUCUCAAUAAAAGAAGUGAAAAUGUAAGGAGAUGUUUGUUUAUUGAUGGCAUAUGGAUCAAGGGAAAGACAGGAAGACGAUUCUAGAACAGGUUAUUGCUGUCACAUAUUGCAGAGAAAAUAGCUACUGCUGUUUCUGAAGUUUCAGAACCUUAAACUGCUUUGUAACGAUGGUCUGUUCCCCAAACUCUUAUCAGAUGUGUCCCUAUCACAUGUCUGCAGGUAAUUUUUUUAAUAUCUCUGUUUUUGCUGCUAAGGCAUGGAUCAAAGCAAAUAUGUCCUGGAUCUAGGCAUGAGUGAUGAAGCCAAGAAAGGGGAGGACUUCAAAGCAGAAUCUGAGGAAAAUUCCAGAAGAUAUGAUGAGGACUCUGAAGAUGAUGGCGAUUUCAUAGAGAAACCUGGUUCUGUGCUAUGGGAGAAAUCAUUUGAGCAAAAUAUCUUAGUUGAAAUCAGUGAUGACAGCAGUUUCCAUUUUAGUGACCAGCAGGAUUCAUUCAUUGUCUGCCUUUCACAAAAUUCAGCUGAAGAUUCAAGUCUUAAUUUAAAUGACAACAUAGAACAGUUUGACACUUAUGAAGACUUUCAAGAUGAAGAAAUGUUUUCCGAAAGAGGUUCUGAGAGCCACAGUCUAAAUCAUCAGCCAAUUUGCAAUAAAAGCAGCAUAAGAAGGAUAUCUGAGCAAAGACAGAACACAAUGGAGGAUGGGCCAGGUCGGAGAUACAGUGAAGUUGGAGACACCAGCGAUGAAGACCAAGAAGACCUUCCGUAUGAUGGUGACCUUUAUAACGAUGAUAGAUUUGCUACUCUCAGACAUAAUGUAGAUAUUAAUGAAAAGCAAUUAACACCUGCUAGAUUCAAUGACAAGCAAGCAGAACAACGACCAGUAAGCAACGCUUGUCAAGCUGCCCGGGAUUUAAAUACUACGCCUUCUCUCGCUUCAUUAGAGUUUGGCAAAACAGUAAAUAAGAUUGAAAAUUAUCCCUCUGGAAAAGCCCUCGGCCUUAACUCCACACCUGUAGCUUUCAAAAAUGGCAGAAAUGAUGUACAACUUAGGGAUGAUACUGAACAUAGAGACACUAGUUUUGAAAUCGGUCAACCUGAUGCCCCCCAGUCAAAGAUUGCAGAAGUGCUACUUCGUCACUUCUCUGAAGAAGAUUUAUUAAAUUCAAGCAAAUACAUUGAAGCAGAGACGAUGCCUGAAGCUUCAUUUACUGAGAGUGUUGAAACGGUAUUGACCAAAUCUGUGUCAGUCAAAUUGCACUAUAAUUUACAUAGCUAUAAUGAUAUGAUCAAUACCGAAAAGGAACUUUGUAAUGAUGUGGAAAUUGAGGAUGAUGAAGCAACUGAUCAGGCUAGCUCCGGUAAUGAGUCCAACAACACAAAUAAAACCAAUAACUUGAAUAAAACUAACACUGAUGACUGCCCUGGAGCCAACAGCAGCAAUACAGUAACUCACACUAAAGGAUCUAAGCAAUGUAUCAAGCAUGAGAGCCAAGGGUUAAAAGAUGAAGAAUAUAUCCAAUCACAAAGGACACCUUUAGGAAGAGUCUGGCCAUGUAAUGAAAUCAAAUAUGGACAAGGUCAGGUUCAUUAUCCUCUUCCAGAUUUUUCCAAAGUAGCUUCAAAAAUUAGGAUCCCUAAGGGAAAUAAUAAUGGAAAGCCUAUCAGGCAUACAUCUGGAAUUCUGAGGACAAAAUCUUCCCCAGGACUGCUGUGUAAAGCUACAGGUUCUUCCAUACCAGAUGUUGAUGUCAUAAGGAAGGUGCUUGACACCAUUCAGCCACAACAAACAGCCGUUGUUUUUAAGGACUCUGAAAAAAGACAGGAUGACCCAAGACAGACUCCAGAACUUGUUAAACAUUUAAAGGAUGAGUAUGAUAAAUUACUAACAAGAUAUGCCGAAGCAGAAAACCUAAUCGAUCAGAUGAGACUGGGUGCUAAAGCACCAUCCUUCUCAGAUUCUUCGAAUGCAAGUGAGUACGAAUCAGGAAUAAUGCCAGCUGCUGCUCAAAUUGAACCCUUUACCACAGCUUCCAUGCCCAGUCUGCCAGCUCUUACAGGUGGAGAUGAAGACGAGCUAAAAGCUGCAGAGCUAUCAAAUUGCACUGCUUCAGACACUGAUCCCCAAGGACCAAGUGAAGGAGAAAAAAUGACUCUGGAACUUAAAGAAAUGAUAAGUCAGUUUAUACAAAAGGUGGAAGAGUUUAAAAGCUGCCUAAGUUCAUUGUCUUUAGGCAUCAAUGAACAACAAGAGGUUUUUAAGACUUUAAUGGAUGCACUAGAUAAGUUAGAAAGGAGUUAUAUGACCAGAAAAGAAGAACACCGUGCACUUGAACUGAAGAGUUAUUUGGGCAAGUCUAAAGACAUUGGGGAAUUUGAUCCUGAAAGGCAGGUGGAAGGACAGAUAUUUAGAAUAGGAAUGUCCCUUGAAGACAUCAAAGAGCAGAUUGAUGAAAAUGUGUGCAAUCAGCUUUCUUCACAAACAUCUUACACCACAUCGACUCCAUUGCCAUCUGCUGAGUCCAUCUCAUCUCAUACAUCACUGCAUGAGGAUUACCCUUGUGAAUUAAAGACUCUGGACAAGAAGCUCCUUCCUUGUCUAUGCCCAAAUGAGCCAAGAAUGAGCUCAGUCAAUGAGGACAGUGAUUUUCCACAAGGCAAUGAUCCUAUUCCAGAAGCAUUCCAACAACACAGCACACCGUUAUUCAACCUCAGUCACUGUAACUCCUAUGAAGAGUCUGACGUGCCGCCAGGAAACCUAAAAUGUGCCUUAAUCAAGGAUGAUUUUAAUGAAUUUGCUGCAACCGUUGAAGAUGGAAUAUUGACAAAAUCACCAAUGGGUGCCUCUAAGAAGAGGCUGUCAACACCUGGAGUCCAGCAAGCUACACACAAGUUAGAGACUUCAUUCUGCCGUGGCACUGUUGGAGAUCUUUCUCAUUCCUCUGUGAACCUCCCUAUAAAGAUACACGGCAUCUCAAAUAAUUUUCAGGAUUCAUUAGAGCAGGGCAUAGUGGCUCCUGAAACAGACAGUGGAUUGGACAGCUUGGAUCAGAGCCGGCCUACUACUGCAUUGUCCCAUUCACAAAUGGCUACAGAGAGGUGUCCAUUGCCUUCAAACCAACAGUCAACCUCCAUUAAUAUGAGCAGUCUGAGCAGUUCAGACAGUGACGUUUCAUGUUCCAAUGCACAGACAGCCAUCAUUAAAGUUUCUUCUUCAAAAGACCUGAAUGAAGCAAUGCAACAAGCUGCUCUGUCUGCUGGCAGCACAGUAGAUCACUGGACUCACAGUGUCAUAAGUGAAAUUGGCUCCACUGGAAAGUAUGAAAGUGAUACAUACAUCCCCCAUCAUGUUAUCAAUCAAAGUUCAGAUGAACAUCUCCUAUUACCCUCUCCAUGUGGCUGUAUUCUUCAUGACACCAUAGAAAAAAACUGGGCCACAUCAGAAAAGCAUUCUCAGCUAUGUUCCCAUCAUAAUGAAGCAAUUGUGGCUCUUCAGUUGGAAGUCUCAAGACUAAAGAAAAAGCUGGAAGAAAGUUUGUUCCGGCUGCCUCAGAUAAGCAAGAGAAUGGAUUAUAUUGACCACAGAUUCAUACCGGAAAAGAGAUACAAAUCAAAAUCUCGAUCUAACAAUAAAGCUGGUUGUUAUAGUGGCCAGAAGCACAGGGGGUGUAAAAAAGGAAGACUCUAUCCCUGGAAUGCAGACUCCCUUUGCAAUGGACAAAACAGGAUUUCAUCAGACAUGGAACCAUGUACAGAUAGUGAAGACUUGUCACAGUCUGCAACAGCAUUUCAGUCCCAACCCUUGCCACACACAUCUGAUAGACAGAACUGCAAAAAAAACAGCUGUCCUCAGGCUGCUGAAGGGUAUACCUUCUUGAGAGAUAAGGACUGCACAUAUCGAAAAUCCCACCAAAAUCACUUGAAUGUAUUAGGGAAGAGUAGCUCCAGUCAGCUCUUUGGGGUAUGGAACAGAAAAACCCACUUGUUGUCAAUGGACAUGCAAGAAAUGAAAUGCAAAGAGAAGAACUUUCCUCUUUAUGAAAACCACUUAAAUAAGAGCAUUUUACAAGUCAAGAAUGGUUCCACCUGCAGUUUACCUGUUAGCUUGAAAGAGGUGAAGCAAUCUUAUGCUCCACAGAACAGGAGACAUUCCACUCAAUCAGACUCCGCUCUUCUAGCCAACAAAGUUAAAGAGCACUUGAAGUGGUCAGAAACCAAGCCACAAAUUAACACCCAAAAUAGGAAUAGCAGGAAAUACAAGGAUGAGGAUAUGAACAGAACGCUGGACAAAGCAAUAGAAGCCGCACAAUAUAUGAAAAGAACAACAGACAGAAUGGUGAAAACUCUUUCAGCUGAUCUAGCCAAGGCAGAAUUGCAUAGAAAAAUGCAGAAUUUGAAUCCACGGUUGUUUAAAGUUAUACAUACAGACUCUUAAAGCAAACAAGAAGGAAAAGUCAUCUGAUGUGUGACUUAACUUGAAUGUCAACAUUGAAAUGCAUUCCUUAAGUGUUUACGUACAGCUUUCUGUAUCUGCCUUUUGACUUGCACUGCUGCAUAAUGUUUUAGUAACUUUUUAAACAACUCCUAUAGAAAUGUAUUCUUUUAGAAGUAUAUAAAAAUGUCACACUUCAUUGUGUUUUGUACUUUUAAAAUUCUAUUGUUAAAAUAAGAUUUAUUUUGCCUUCUUUGUACAAAAUGUACCCCUCCUGUGAACACAAGAUGGGGCCCUGCUCUGCAGUUUUACUAACUAGUUUGAUUAACUCCAAUAUUUCUAUGACCAAUAAACCAGUAUUGUUUAACCAA